GGGGCAGCAGCGACUAGGGCCAAGCAGGGUUUGAGGUCUCUGGACCGGUUGCCGGUCACUGUCAUUGCAGAGCUCAACUCGGGUCAUAAAGGAGCAGCAGCUGGUCGAUGAAGACCCCAGCCCUGCCUUCUUCACUGAGGGGCAGCUGGGUCAUAGUUCCGAGGGCCAGCACAGGCCCAAAGUGCAUUUUGCCAGCUGUGGUUCUGGAGAACCAGGGCCCUCGAGUGGACGGAGAUGGACUCCUGCCCAGAAGCCGACCAAGUUCUGCAAGCCUCGAACCUGGAAUCAAAGGCAGAACAGAUUUUUAAGCUCCAUCCUGGAUCCGGUUUUUAGCUCCCUUCUGAAGUCGCCCAAGCUUCCCAGGAAAUUCCCCACAUGUGCCUACACGCGGCCAAAUGCCCACGGGAAUCACUCCUGGCCAGAGUACCUGGAGCCUGAGGAGGCAGAGCCCAAGGCACCGGCCCAGGAGGCAGAGGAGGCUCCUGCAGAAACACCUGAAGUCCAGACAGAGGCGUCUGACGAGGAGUCUGAUGAAGAGCUGGAGGCGUGGGCACCUCCAGAGCUCCUGCCACCUCCAUCAGCCUCUCCGGUGGCAGCUGUGGAGCCGGGGCCGGCCUGGGAGGCACCUGCAGACAUGACUGAGGCCCCACCACCCCUGGAUGAGGAGCCCCCCCUGGAACCUGCCCUGGGUCUCCCCGUGUCCCCAGGCCAAGGCCUCAAGAGAAGCAGCGAUGGGAGUAGGUUCCGCAUUGGCCGCCACUGGUUCAGGACUCAGCACAGACCCCUGUCGCCCUUGACACGGCUGGAGCCAGAGAGCUCAACUCGGGUCAUAAAGGAGCAGCAGCUGGUCGAUGAAGACCCCGGCCCUGCCUUCUUCACUGAGGGGCAGCUGGGUCAUAGUUCCGAGGGCCAGCACAGGCCCAAAGUGCAUUUUGCCAGCUGUGGUUCUGGAGAACCAGGGCCCUCGAGUGGACGGAGAUGGACUCCUGCCCAGAAGCCGACCAGGUUCUGCAGCCCUCCAACUUGGAAUCAAAGGCAGAACAGAGUUUUAAGCUCCAUCCUGGAUCCAGAUUCCAGCCCCCGCCUGGAGUCGCCUAGGGUUCCCAGGAAGUUCCCAGCAUGUGCCUACAUGCGGCCAAAUGCCCACGGGAAUCACUCCUGGCCAGAGUCCCUGGAGCCCGAGGAGGCAGAGCCCAAGGCACCGGCCCAGGAGGCAGAGGAGGCUCCUGCAGAAACACCUGAAGUCCAGACAGAGGCGUCUAAUGAGGAGUCGGAUGAAGAGCUGGAGGCGUGGGCACCUCCAGAGGUCCUGCCACCUCCAUCAGCCUCUCCGGUGGCAGCUGUGGAGCCGGGGCCGGCCUGGGAGGCACCUGCAGACAUGACUGAGGCCCCACCACCCCUGGAUGAGGAGCCCUCCCUGGAACCUGCCCAGGGUCCUGCCUCAGAGGAGGAGCUGCCUCCUGAAAGCCCAGCAGCGCCAGCUCCAGAGCCGCAGGCUGAGACUGCUCGCCGUCUCCCCUCAGAAAAACUGGUGCUACCUCCCCUCGUUGACCUUUUCCUUCUAUUUUCCUUCCUCUAUAUGAUUUACUUUUCUUCAUGGGGUUAUUCAAUUGUUUAUUGUUUAAAUUUUAUUAUUUGGGGUGUUUUAGGGUCUUUUUUUCUCUUUCUAUUCUUCUUUCUUCUUUUAUGCUUUGUUUCUCUCUGGAGUGAUUGAACUUCAUA